GGUGUGCAGUUGAACAAUUAUUUUGAUCAAGUGUUGCCUCUUGCUUGUCUUGGCUGCUAAACAAAUAUAGUCCUCUCCCCAACGACACCGUGGCUGUCAGACUGGUUGGUCGACCUGAGCACUGGGUGCCGCCUGUGGAUGAAACACGGAAGAGUUCAUUCAAGGAAUCUACUGUGGAGAUACAGGCAGGAUAGAAGCACAAGAAGCGCAUCGGGAUCCUUUGAUUUACAGCAAACCUUCCAAAAAGAAAAUUAUCCCAUGAAGACGAGACAAAUGUGUCUCCAUAUGCGAUUUCGUUGCGUUACUUUGGAUAAAAUCUGAGAUGUUGGGAAAGGAGAAACUUAAUGGAUUCUUUGUCGUUUGGACUAUACUUUCCGCGUUUGGCGAAAAACUCGAUGACGGUUGUGGCCACUCCAUGCUGGGCCCAGAGAGUGGUGUCCUCUCCUCUAAGAACUACCCGGGAACCUACCCCAACAACACCUGGUGCGAGUGGAAGAUCCGCGUGCCAGAGGGCAACAGCCUGGUCCUCAGGUUCGGAGACCUGGAUGUGGAGGCACGGGAUUGCCAGUCGGACUACGUUAAGGUCCUCAAGGGUGUCUACGGAGGCGAGCAUGUUUUCAGAACAAUCGGCCUUUUUGGACACCAAUCAUGGCCGAUUACAUUGCAUUCCACGAGGAGACUGCGUGUCAGGCUGACUACAUGUUAUGCGAGUGCAGCAAGGAGCCAAGUGUAUGGGACCUUCUGUGGCAGCCUGAAGUCCUACCCCAGAGAGGUACACACGGACUCCAAUGAGGUCAUCGUCCAGUUCCGCAGCGGGCGCCACAUCUCGGGCCGAGGGUUCCUGUUCUCCUACUCCUCAGGGGACCACAGAGAUUUGCUCACAUGUUUGGAUAAAGGCAGCCAUUUCUCAGACUUAAAAUACAGGAAGUACUGUCCGGCAGGAUGCAAAGCAGUGGCAGGCGACAUAUCCGGGGACAUUUCCCAGGGUUACAGGCAUACGUCUGUGCUGUGUAAGGCUGCCGUCCAUGCAGGGGUUAUCCUGGAUGAGUUAGGAGGCUGGGUAUCCGUGGAGACCCACAAAGGCCUGAGUCACUACCACGCCACCAGAGCCAAUGGGAUCCAAUCCAAAGACGGCUCUUUGUCCGAAGCUCUCUUCACGUUCCUCAUUAAUGACUGUAAGAACCAGUCAGUGUUGCAGCAUGUGUCUGUUAGUGCCAGUUCGUGGGGAGAAGCGAUGGGUUGUCAGUCUGACUGGGCGCCCAACAGCUCCCAGGCUGACCCAGGAUCAAGGGGCUGCACCUGGGCUGCAGAUCAGAACGACAGCCUGCAGUGGCUCCAGCUGGACCUGGGGGAGAAGAAAAGGAUCACAGGGAUUAUCACGACUGGCUCUACUAUGUUGGACUAUCACUACUAUGUGAGGAGCUUCAAGAUAGUUCACAAGGAGAGGAGUCGGUGGAGGACGUACACACAGAACAACAGCACACAAUACAUGAUAUUUGAGGGGAACCAGGACAGUCUGCAUCAGACCAGGAACACCUUCCACAAUCCAAUCAUAGCCCGCUACCUGCGGAUCAUCCCUCAAACCUGGCACCAGAGGAUUGUCAUGAGGGUAGAGCUGCUGGGCUGCACCCAUCUCAGAGUGAACAUGUCGUCCCAGGUCACAUUACCCACCAAACCCAAGCCUCCGGUGGGGGACGAAGAGAUCACUGAGCCAGUGCCCUCCCAGGCAGACUGCGGGAAGCUGGCCAUCAUCAUCGUACCCAUAGUCUUAUCUGUGGUGCUCCUGCUGGUUGGGAUUUGUGUAUUCAAGAUGCUGCAGAAGAACAAGACAAAGGAGAACUCAUACGGAUCCUCUGAUACCCAGAAAACAGGUUGCUGGAAGCAGAUCAAACAGCCGUUUGCCAGGCACCAGUCCACAGAGUUCACCAUCAGCUACAGCUCAGAGAAGGACCCCAUGCAGAAACUAGACCUGGUCACCAGCACCAUGGCAGAGUACCAGCAGCCUCUGAUGAUUGGGACGGGCACAGUGACCAGGAAGGGCUCUACGUUCAGGCCCAUGGACACCGAGACCAAGGAGGACCCUAGCGACCCGUCCACCCACUACAACUACCUGCACACAGCCAACCAGUACGCCCUGCCCCUCACCAACCAGGAGCCAGAGUACGCCACACCCAUCAUCGAGCGCCACACCUUCCACAAGGAUGGCUUUCUGCCAGAUCCGGCCAACUACUGCGUUCCAGGGAUUGUCCUCAGCAAGACUCCCUCCUUUAAAACCAUGGACAGGAAAGCAGGGGUGGGCUCCUCCGGGGGCUACCAAACCCCCCAGGUCAAAACAGACCGGGGACACAGUAACUCUGAGGGGGUCUAUGACAGCCCCAAGGUGAACAAGCCUGUGGCCCAGAGCAAGAGCUGUGGCUGCUCAGACUACCAGAGACCCCAGGCCAAGCUGGCAGAGCUGGAGAGCUACUCCAGCCCCAGGGACUGUGUGAGGGUGGCACCCGCCAUUGGCCGCAGGCCGGACCAUCGACCAGACCCUGAGGGCAGCUCUGGAGGAACCUGAUGAUGGAACAUCUAUGGGACUACAGGACAAACUGUCAAACUGUGAUUUCCAUCAGUUCACGGCCGUUUUAGACGGACCUCACUGUAGUAAACACAACCAAUCUCAUCUAAAUGGUCAAUUAUUUCUCAACUGACUUCCGGCAUGCGGGAGACGACAGUGUUUGUGUUUGCUGUGUGAAACGGACCUACAGGAUGAACUGGAUGCAUCUUGGAGGCUGUGCAAGCAGACAUCCAAAUACAGAUGGUUACUUUUAUUUUCCUCGUUAUGAGGUGAUUUAUUAAAAAGCAAAUAGUGAUGAGACAGGACAUGUCCCUAAAAAUGGGAAAAUACCUCCCCUUAUUCUCAACUGUGACUGAUGUUUGUGACUGUAACAUAAGAUUGAAAUAAUGUGACUCGGUUCCUUAACUGUACAGUAUAUUUUGAGGUUGUGAUAAAGCUUUCAGAGUCUCUCGGUCUGAGGUGAAGCUGUUUUCAGCAGGAAGACAUAGAGGAAGCAGAGUGCUUGUUAAGUAAAGCAGCACCCAGUUUAAAGUGGCAGAUUUGUGUGUCCCCAGCGGGUCCUACUAUAGGGCGAUUUAUGCAGUCAGUGGAGUUGGCUCUUAACAGAGAACUGUAAGGACACACUGUGACUGAAAGGACUGGUGUCACCGCAUGGGGUCCCCCACAAUGGGGGUUCUGUUACCAUGUUGCAGGUGGCUCUAUGCUCUAAAGCCGAGCGGCUGCAUCGCUGCUCUGUAUCAAAGUCUGGAGGCAGAUCUGGCCAGUGUGGGCAGAGAGCCCAUGAAUAGGCAAUGGGAGAGAGUGUACAGUUAGUCUGGCAUAUUUAGAAACACCCAGCUGGGGAUUUAGGGGAGUACAGCUGGACUACAACACAUCACAGAGCUGUUUUUAUAUGAUCUGUUUAACUGAACUAGAUCAAGAACUACUGUAAAGGCUUGUUCUUUUUUAAAUGGAUGUUGAACACAAAGCCAUGUUAAAUGGUACCAUUACUACAGUGUGUACAUACAUGUGCAUAGUUUGAACAUGUUUAUUGCCAAGAGUAAAGAAAAAAAGAAAUAGAAUUGCUGUCCUGUGCUGUCGACUAUAUUAAAAGCACCAGUGAGUGUGGUGUUGCUGCUGUGAACGAAAGAGAGACCUUAGGAUGUAACUAAGAACUCUUUAAUUUCUGUGAAAUAUUUUGUGGAGAUCUUUCGAGCGGUGUUGUAUGUACGUACAGUACUCCGUCUGAGCGUUGCAAAAAGUUUGUCACUCUCAUUCAAAGUGUGUCUACUGACUGUUGGCUGUAAACUGAGCCCUGAAUAAAAACCAGCAGUUGACUUCCACAUGUCAAGGUCUCUUUACUAUGUGAAAAUGUGUCUCAGCAGCCUAGCCUCAGCCCUGGGACAACCGGCUUUCCAGUCCCAGCGCCCAGAGAAGCGGGAAGUCACAAGAACACCCCACCUCCACCAGCACUCCGCCUGUUUCUGUCUGUGGAGGAAUGUGGUAGUUUGGUGUCAGUCUGGGAGUAGCAGCUGCUGCCCAGUCCUCCCAGCUCUGGGCCCAGCUGAGGAGAAGAGGGGAGAGGGCUGAUUUGGGGGUAUGACAGCCUCACUGAGGGCCCUGAUAACACAUUACUGGUCUCUCCAUAAGCGGGGGUUAGAGUGGUGGUCUGGUGGAGAUAACCUUAGUCUGAGAAGAGACUGUUUGUGGCUAUGGUCCUUAGUGUGUGAUGAGAGCGGGUGUGUGUGAGGUCAUGUCUGCCAGUGGGCUGGGCCUAGUCCAGCGCGUUCACACAGGGGUGUGGAGCACCGUUUACACCUCCAACCCAAAGCUACCUGAAAGCUCAGACUCAGAGCAGCUCUCUCAGUGACCACACUGCUCCUGGCUAUUCAGUUUAUCCCCACAAAUUCCUGUCAUGUCUCUUCUUGCGGACUGACGACUUUGUGAUUUUAGCUUUGUUCAUGUGAGCUUGAAGAGUAUCAGUUUUGAACUGUGUCCCAUUGGUAUAUUCUAAAUGGCAGGAAAAACGUUAACCUAAAACUGGAGCGCGUAUACAAGUAUUUGGAUAAAUAAUUAUUCUGUAUGAAGUCCUUAGCAGUUUGAUAUGAAUCGUAACUGUAUGUUCUUUCGUUUGCUAAAUGUUCAGUAUGUGUCUAUUCACUGUGAAUAAUUGAUGACUGCUGUUUCUAUGUGCUGUAUUGAUAAAACUCAGAAUGCACUACUAGUGGUUCUAGCGUU